AUGUGUUCAAGAAGUUUAAGGAUGACGAAGGGAAAUUCAAGGAAUCCCUCAACACUAACGUUCAGGGACUGUUAAGCUUGUACGAAGCAACACAACUCAGGGUGCAUGGAGAAGAAAGUGCAUCAGAAGGAGCUAAUUGGUAUUACAAGAUGAAAAAAUUAAUUAGAGCAUACUUUCCAGAGGCCAAGUGGUUUAAUGAAGGCUAUGUUCCAACAACGGAGGAGUAUAUGGAGGUGGCGCUUGUUUCCUGUGGUUACAUGAUGCUUUCCACCACUUCCUUUGUUGGCAUGGGAGAACUGGCAACCAAGGAGCAUGAGCAAGAGAGAGGACACGAAGCAUUAGCUGUGGAAUGUUACAUGAAACAACACGGUGCCUCAAAGCAAGAGGCGUAUGCUGAGUUUGGCAAACAAGUUACAAAUGCAUGGAAGGAUAUAAACCAAGAAUGCCUCCAUCCAACCGCUGUCCCGAUGCCUUUUCUAAUGCGGGUUCUCAAUCUUGCAUGCUUCAUGAAUCCUCUCUACAAGGAUGGAUAUGGGUAUACAAAUUCCAAAACCAAGUGUAAAACCUAUGUAACCUCGCUUCUUGUUGAUUCCGUGCCAAAAUGA